AUGGAGAGACACAGCAUUAAGGUAGAAAAGGAAAUAAUGUACCUGGGGGUGGUGCUAAAUCACUGGUUUACCUGGACACCGCAUGCUACUUACGUAAGAACUGUAGGCGCAAACUUAUUUAAUGCACUUGCCAGAGCGGCCACGGCUAAAUGGGGCCUCAGCAAAGAGGCCAUCGAUAUAAUCUAUAAAGGUGCAUUUAUUCCUAAGGUAACAUAUGCUGCAGGAGCGUGGUAUAUAGCUGCAGAAAAGGGCAGCAUAAAAAGGAAGUUAAGAAGUGCGCAACGGACGGCAUUACUAAGAAUGACAAGAACGUAUCGCACGACAUCGACCGAGGCGUUGAUGGUGAUAACUGGUACAACGACAAUAGAAAUGAUCCUACGUGAAAAAGCAAAGGCAUAUGUGUGUAGAAGAGGAUACUCUAUAAACAUUAAGAAUGAAACUUAUCAAGGAACAGAUUAUGAAAUGCAAUCAACGGAUAUGAUACUACCAGGACCUUACAAACAGAUAGCAAUAAAUAUCGCGAAGGAAGAGGAUAGUAGUGAGAUAGAAAUAUACACUGACGGAUCUAAGGUAGAGGGCCAGGUAGGGGCCUUCUUCCUGGUCAUAAAAGACAAUGAGGAAAUCUACCAAGAUCAAUAUAGAUUAGAUGACAUAUGUUCGGUGUAUCAAGAUGAACUAUUUGCAAUAUUACAAACAAUAAGAUGGGUCAUUUUUACCUGUCAUACUAGCUCAGUAAUAAUAAACACAGAUAGUAGAGCUGCUAUUCAGACACGUAAGCAGUUCAAUGACAAAAAUAUGAUAGCUUUGGAAGCCAAGAAACAAAUAGAAGAAUAUGGCUUAAAGAUCAAAAUAAGAUAG